UCCUGGGCACUCAAUAAAGAUUAGCUGUAUUAAUUAAUUAAUGCUAGGCACUGCAUGUUAUAGAAUAGGAAAAAACUAGUCUCAUGAAACAAAGAUCAAUGUUUCCUACAGCAGUCAAGUUCACACUUCCUUUCUGAAAUGUGGCUAUAAAAAGGAGCAAGAAAGCUCAAGUGAAACUGCCUCUUAACUAGAAGAGUACUGUUCUUGCUUACAGAAGAUUAGACCGUGGAAGAAAAUGGCUCAGCACAGCCUAUGGAUCCUCCUUCUUUGCCUGCAAACCUGGCUGGAAGCAACUGGAGGAGAUGCUGACUUUCUCAUGGUGAAUGGGAUUCUGGGGGAGUCGGUCACCUUCCCUGUAAGUAUCCGAGAACCACAGCAAGUUAUCAACAUUGCCUGGACUUCCAAAACAUCUGUUGCCUUUGUAACACCAGCAGACUCAGGAAGAGCACCCACAGUUGCUGUGACCCACGAGAAUUAUUUUGGUCGAUUAAAUGUCUCAGCCAAUAACUACAACCUGGUAAUCACCAGUCUGAGAAUGGAAGAUGCAGGUGUCUACCAAGCAAACAUAAAUUUACAAACCUCUGCCUCCACUGCUGCUACCACCACCAAGAACUACAAGCUUCGAGUCUACCGUCGUCUGGGGAAGCCAAAAAUUACACAGAAUUUAAUGACGUCUGUGAACAACACCUGUAAUGUCACACUGACAUGCUCGGCAGAAAAGGAAGAAAAGGAUGUGACAUACAGUUGGAGUCCCCUGGGAGAAGAUAGUAAUCUCCUUAGAGUCUUCCAGACCCCUGAGGACCAAGAGCUAAUUUAUACUUGCACAGCCUGGAACCCUGUCAGCAACAACUCCAACUCUAUCUCUUCUCGGCAGCUCUGUGCAGACGUCACAAUGGGCCAUCGUACUCGCCACCCUGGGUUGCUAAUUGUCCUGGCUGUGCUCUUGCUGAUUCUUCUCAUUCUAUCUUCAGUGCUUUUGUUCCAUUUUUACAAGAGAAGACCAGGUUCCUUCUUGGACACCUUCAGUAAGAGCCCUGAUGCCGACUCAAAGAAAAUAGUAUAUGAAUACAUCACAGUUUCCAGAGCCACCCAGCCAGCAGAGACAAGAAUCUAUGAUGAAAUCUCCCAGCCCAAGGUACUUCCCUCCAAGGAGGAGCCAAUGAAUGUGGUUUAUUCUGUGGUGCAGUACUCUGAGAAGACGGGGAAGACCAGCACACCUGCCAGCAAGCCUCUUGGGACUUCAAGCUAUGAAAUUGUGAUCUAGGUGGGCGUUCAUGAGUAACAUUCUCCCUCCGGAAAUGAGUUACAACCAUCGCUACUGGCAGGUGCCUUGGACCCAGACUCUCUCUGCCCAGAUCUUACCAGGAGAUUGCAAAUCCCCGCAACCUAUCAUGCAAGCAAAGCAGGAAACCCUCUAUCACUGGGCAUGGCUCAGGCCUAAAUAGACAAAUGGACACAGACCUUUUCUGAAAUGGUUCCCUCUGGAUGAAUGACAAGGCAGGUUCCCUAGCACAUGCUUCCCAGCCUUCUCCCUUCACUGCACAUGUAGAAAAUAAUAAUAUUGUUAUAGUGCACUGGGACAAAUGAUCCUGAUUGUUCAAGUCUGGAGGCUGCACGUGGCCGGAGCCUUCACAUGACUGGAGGUGACAAUCCUGCCCAGCAACCCCAUAGACGGAGGUGAUCAUAUAUUGCACACCUGUAAUAAGCUGUGGCACACCAGCUGGGAAGCUCUGUGCACACUCAAUAUAUGUGAGCAUCCCCGAUAUCUUGUCUCCAUGAGAACACACAGCUCUUUGAGCUGAUUAGGAAAAGAAACCCAUUCCUUGAGGCUGAUGCAGCCCCUCACCUGAGUGCAUGGCUUGGUGAGCAGAAUGGAGGCUGCAUUUUAGCCCCUGCCCAUCCCUUUGCUCAGAAAGUUUUGUGCAGGCUACAACUGGUCAACCAGCCUAAUAUACCCGAUGGGGCUGUUUGGGAGGCUUUCAGAGUUGUGGAUCUUAGUUGGGCAGAGACGCUCUCCAAAUGGGGGGUUAGAAAGUAUCCCUUUCUAUAGGGACUGGAUGGGCACUUUUAUUUGGGCUCUACUUCAAAGGCCUAGUAGGGCUUUCUUUCUGGCCAAUGCCUUCUUCCAAACAACCUCAGCAAAAAGAAACAGCCAAAUCCAGUACCCCCACACUCCAUAAGGAACUGACCAGCACUGCAGGGCACUUCUGGCACUUCAGAGGAACCAGGAAUAACCCAACCAGCAAAGCAGAGUCAUUCUUCAGAGCAAACUUGGGAAAUGAUGAAACUACCGGGGUUCAUGCCAGUUCCUAAGGCUCAGCCCAGAGAGCAUGAGAUUCAAGCAGAGGUUGAGUACCCCCACCCUUACAACCCCCUCCCCACCCAAAUGCACAGCCAGACAGCUUUUGCAGGCAUUAACUCCCCUCUGCCAGCACUGGGAGCUCUAGCACAGCUGAAGAUCAUUUGAGGAAUGGUUUCCCUUAUGGGUUAGCAAACAUAACCAGCUAAAUCCCCAUUACAAUCCCAGGAGGGCGGAAAUAAGCUGCAUUUAGGCUGAAUGAAAGUAUCAAUCCCAGUGAAUGGGUGCAUAGAACCAUCCAGCACUGUCUACCACUAUCACUGUCUUAGGGGUUGCAAGGCCCCAAACUACAAGAUGUUUACCCUAAAGGUGCUUCCAGUCUAGCUGAGGAAGCAAUUCUGGCACAGGCACUACAAUUAAAUCCCAAACUCCAUGCUGCAAAGAGAGGCAUGAGCUGAAGCAGUCAGAGAAGACCUUCUGGGGGGAGAGGGGGGAGGCAGGGCUGAAGGUGGGCGGUAAAGGAUGGAUGAGGAAGGCCAAGGGCAUCCAAGUGACAGAAGCAUAAAAAUCUAGCAGAGGCCUGGGUCUGUGUGCUGCGUUCAGGGCAGCCACGGAAUACGUGGCCCUACUCAGAUAUGUCAGGAGGGCUCACAGUCCUCACCUAUGCCCGGCAUGUGCCCCCGCUGGAAUGUACACCCCUCACCCCCGUCCACUUAUGCUCAGCUCAAAUGUCGCCUCCUCUUUGAAGUGUUUCCUGGUAUCAACAGUCAAAAUUAAUCACGGUUCUGUUUGCAUUCCUGUUUGUUUGUUUGCUUUCAUUCCUUAUAUUCUCUAACCCAUUUCAUUCUGCGUUACAGUAUGAAUAAUUAUUUGAUUCCCUCACUAUGCUGUAAAUUACCUGAUGGCAAAAUCCAUGACAUAUUCAUAGCUUUACUUACCUCAGUAUCCACCACCAUCUAACACAGUGCCUUGUAUGCUGUAUGUGUGUGAGCAAUAUUUUGAAUAGAAUUGAAAGUGACCAGCCAACCAUAAAAUAGAAGGUAUUUAUUGGAAAUGGAAAUAGAUGGAAGACAAUAAGCGCAGUAGAGUCAAAUUAAGGAAAGCAUUAGCUAUCAGGAUUCAAACUUCAGAAUCUGUUCCCAUGAAAGGGUAUACUGGAGAAGACUUCCAGAGUUAGACCAACUAAGAGGUCAGCUGCAGCAAUGAGCCCAGUGUAAGUGGUGAGAAGCGGUCACCUGGGGAGGGAUGUGAAGAAAGGAACAAAGAGACUUGCACAUAAAGGAUAGAAAAGUUCCAAAGUGACACUGAGCAGGCUGAGUUUCUCCUAAUAUAAAAGCACUCCACAUCCCGUAGAUGAGUUGAAAGAUCACUCCUGAACAUCCUCAUUCUCUAACCUGCCCCUGCCUCUGUCUGGUGUGCUCACUCAGUUGAAUUCCUAGUGUCCUGAGGCCCAAGUGUGUAGCACACACACACACAAGCGUUCCCAUGGUCCUCAAGAGAGCAGACCUGAAGUCAAGCCAGUGCACAGGAAUUCUUAAGUUGGCCUUGAGGGCUCAGGACCCAACCUCCUGUUCUUAUCUGUCACUACCCCUUCUCUAUGGAACUUCUAUUUAUGAAGACCCGAGCUACCCACACCACUCCCUGGGCCCCAGUUCUCAGAUUCUCCUUCUGUAAAAUGAGUGUUAUCUUAUUUCCCCUUUCACAGCUUUCCAGAUGAAUUAGACUGUGACCAACAGGUCCAUAAAAUCAAAGUAUUCUUUCAAUGAAACAGGAUCUUGAAUCAGACCAAGAUGUUCCAGUUUUUAAAAUGGGAAACGAAAUUGAAAUCUCAGGGGCAGUGCCCUCUAGUGGACAGAGCCAGUAACCAGGACAGUUCCUCAGCCCACAGGUCCCCUGGGCUUCAGACAAGUCAUUUAACCUCCCAGUGCUUCCGCAGGGGGAACUGAGAAAAUGAGACGUAUUGCAGCUCCUGUCCCUCAAAAGAAGAAAGUGAGGCUGGUUUAAAAUACGACUUUUUAAAAGCCCGAAGGAGCCUCUCUGAUCUGGGCUGUGUCUACAGAGGGUAUGUCUUAGGUUUCACCUGUAGAAAAGAAAUGGCAGGGCUGUAUUUUCUUCCAGAUCCAUUGCAUUUCUUCUGUUUAACUUUCCCCCUGAAUUUCCCUUGAUUUGUGAGAUUUUCUCAGGAAAGUGACGAUCUCUACUGGUUGUAAAAUGAAGCUAAAGGCCAUAGAGGGAAGCAUACACACACACGGGCACUGAUGCUAGCAUGCCUGGAUCUGACUUCUACUUUGUUAGUUAUGUGACGUUAGACAAGUUACUUUGAUCUCUCUUUGCCUCAGAUUUUCCAUGUGUAAAAUGGGGUUAAUAUUAGUUCCUACCUCGUAGGGUUGAUGUGAGGAUUAAACGAGGUGUUACCAUAAGUGUAUGCCUGCACAUCAUAUGGCCCUCCGUCAGUGCUACCUUCAUCACUAUAUAAGCUGAAACCUUCAGGAGAUGCUUAUCCAAAUGUACAAAAUAAGCUUCUUGCAACAGAAAUGCUGCUGAUAUUAUAUUAAAGUAAUGUCGCAUACCAAACUUCAACUCUCAGUCCUGCUAAACACAGAUAUAGCUUAUUAUAUGCAAUGUUUGUCUCCCUCAUUUCGCUUACCACACCACACUCUGAUUACCUGAUACUAUUCCUGUCUCCCCAACUAGAUUGAAACAGCAGUCUGAAUAAUAAUAAAAUUGAAAUGGAGAACUCCUUGAGGGCAAGGAGCCUGUAGAAAUUAAGGACUUUGCAUGCCAAAUACUAUGCUAAAUGCUUUGUACAUUAUUGUCAAUACUCACAACAACUGUAUAUGGUAGAAAUUAAUUCUUCUAGUCUAUGUCAAGAAUAAGGGGAUAAAUCUCUUACUUCGCAAAUCUAGGAUGUUGAUAAGAUAGAAUUUGAACUCAAGACUUCUUGUCACCAAGGGCUGUGCACCUGACCUCUGCAGUGCUGCCUCCCUUGACUUGCUUGGAUUCCCAGCACUUGGCACUUUGCUCCAGGUGUGGAGCACACACCCGCACUUUGAUGGACACAUAAGUAGGUCACAAAUAUUUAAUUGAAUGGAAGGUGCAUAUAAUAAUAUUUAUAGGCACUAAAAGCAACCCAGAGCAAAUCCAUUCAUAUUUUAAUCCUGUUGUUAUCUGGGUAACCACUCAACUUUCUGUGAGAAAUAUCCAUUAAAUAAGCUUGGAUAAAGCUCUCUGUCUGGAUUUUAGGUAAGACAGCUUCAUAGCAAACAAGGGGUGCAUGUCAUAAGAAUUCCUGAUGAGUUGUUACAAAAUGAGAGAAACACAGGGUAAAUUUCCACUAUUGAUAUCACAGAAAUAACAGGAGCAGAAGAAGAGGUAUGAAUCGGGGAAAUUCUCCAUAGUCUUUUUGAUGUGUACAUUUAGAUUUUAUUGGGCCCUGUCCAAGGGUGAAGAGCACUUGACGGUUGUUCAAAACAUAUCAAGGUGUUAAUAUAUUUGACAAAGGGCCAUUAGGAAGAGUCCUGAACUCUGAUUUGAGGAAACAAAAUAAAAUAAUGAUUAGCGUGUUCUAGAGACAUGCAGACUUUGAAAAGUUGACUUUGAGAAUUCAUAAAAGAACAGAAGUAACCCAUCUUUGGAUGAUAAUUAUUACCCCUUGCUGGUCAAGUCAUGGCUCAUUGUCCAGACAGUUCUGAAGAGCCCUACACAAAUCUCCAGGUUUUGACUGCACCAGCUCUGUGACCUAAAAAUGACCAUAUCUUUGCAAAUGAGAAAUAGAGAUUUUUUUCAUAUGAUCUUUUUGGAGGCAAACAGUCACAUAAGUUUUCUGUAAGGGAAUUUAUAAAACAUGUAAAUCUCAACCAUUUCAUUUAUAACCUGUAUUUCCAACUGUUGAUAGGCCAUUUCUGUGUGGACAUCAGAAGUCACCUCAAACUUGAUGUGCCCAAAAAUGAACUCAUGGGUCUCUCCCUGACCUCCCACAACUUACUUUCCUUCUUGUUUCCCCAUGCAAGUUAAUAACUCAUCAUAAUAGCAAUAGCUGACAUUUAUCAUGUGCUUACUAUAUUCCAUUCCCUGUCCUAAUGUUUUACAUAUGCUAACACUUAAAACCCAUGAGAAACAUUAAAACUUAUCCACUCUUUGGAAUAGGUACAAUCAUCCUCCAUUUUAUGUAUUAAAAAACAUUUUACAUAUUAAGAAGUAAGAGUCACAGAAAGGCUAAGCAACUCAUCUAAGUAAGUGGAAAAGUCAGGAUUCAACCCCAGGCCUUCCAACUCCAGGGCCUGUGUGUACCUGCUCUUCUGCACUGCCCCACUACUCAGCAGCUACCCAAGGCAGAAAGCUGUUUUAUCCUUGACUCCUCUCUCUUUCUUAUGUGUCAUCCCAACUACCCCUACAUCUAAUCAGUCAUUAGGUCCUGUCAAUUCCUGUUCCUCUGUAGGGUUCCUCUCAACCACAUUCUCUCAAUGUGUCUAAUAUUAAAGACAUUCUUGCUCUCCAUGAUCACUUCCUUAGGUCGUUCCUUUAUUGCAUGUUACCUGUGCUGCUAGCACACAAAGAGCAGUCUCUUAAAAACAUGGAUAUUAUCACUUCAUUCCACUGCUGAAAAGCUUUUCCUGCAGGACCAGAUUCCCGAGCAAUAGGACCCAUCAGAUUUCCAGGCCCCUCUAUCACAGGUUGGUGAACCCACCAAAUCCUUUCCCAGCAAAGCCUUUGUCCAUGUUAUGUCGUCUGCCUGGAAUGCCCUUCUCUCUCUCACGUCCAGUUCUUUUGUACUUGAAGCCUCAGAUCAAGUGUCCCCUCUGUGUAGCUUUCCAAAACCUCCCACCCAAAGCUAAAUACAUAGCUCACUCUUAAACUCCUAUAGAAUUUAGUGCAUUAAGUGCACAGUAGUAGCAACUUAUUACAUUGUAAGAUACAACUAUGUAGCUGCGGUAUUUUCUUAAGUAAUUCCCCUACUGGUCAAUGAAUUGUUUUGUGGUCAGGUACUUUUCUUUGUGUUCCCAGUGCCUGAUAAACCUCACAUCCUUAAAACUGUUUCUUGAAUGAGUAAAUUAAUAUGAACAUGAAGAUUACAUUCACUAGUAGUGAAUGCUGCUGCACCUAUUUCGAAGCCAGGUGUCAUGUUUGUAACAGGAUAUCUCAUCCUCUCUGCCUUUACAAAUUUCCUAUAAUAAAGUAUUGCCCAUAUAGUUUUACCUUGUAAGCACCUAAGAAAUGGAACUACAGGCUCCAUUUCAGCAGGUAAACACAAUAAAUAUUAUUUGAUAACACA